GUCCACACCUCACCUCUCGCCCCCGACCCUGAUUCAACCUCUGACAUCCUAACCUAACAUCGCCCUAUUCGACGACAAACCCUCGCUCUGCGCCAGCGACAUUCGCCCAUUUCCCCUAAAUAUCGUCGAUUACUUUCCCUCGAACUCCGCAAAGACCACUACAAGACUGCUAUCUGCUCGCGCCGCGCCGGCUCCGCUCACCGAGUCCCGAGGAAAACCCAGUGCAGUGCAUGACGUUCGGCUGAAGAGAGAAGCGGAGCGCAGCGACUCUCGGUCGACGACCGGCGCGACUCUCGCCCACAAAUCUCCCUCGCGGAGUCGUCCACGAUGUCGUUCCAUCCUCAGACUCCCCAGAGCCCAUCGCAAUUCUCCUCCGGGACCUCGGAGCCCGUGUUAAGCGUGACAACCUCAAUGACCUCCACAGCCACGCCAACCACCUUGCCGACUCCUGCCCACAGCGUCACUGGAAGCGCCCAUCACGACCUUGCAAUGACCGACGACUCCCCCCACAAGCGGAAGCGCUCUGUGGAUGACAGUGGCGACCGCGAGCAGAAGAAAGUCCACACCGAGGAAAGCAAGCUGGGCAUUGAGGACCUGCAUCUCGAUGUAGGGAAGAAAUACCUUCUUUGCCAGACUCCUCAUCCGGAGUCAUUACCACGCGUCUCGGAAGAUCUUUAUGACAUGUUCAACCUCAGUGGGCUCGCCGCCGAAGUAGCUCGGGAGAAGCCAAAUGGAGAAAAGAACGCAUUACGUUCAUCUUACACAGGCCAUAUGAAGAACUUAGGUAUUGCUGGCAACUGGAAAGUGCGAGUAACAGACAAGGACUCUAACGCCGAGAAACCCGACUUCUUCGACAUCCUGCAUAUGCCCGAUGAGGAUUGGGAUAACACGAUAGUCAAGGGUCAAAACAUCAAACACGGGCUAUCACAAGCAAGUCUCUCCGCCCUCGGACGAGCAGUAACCAUGGCCAAAGGACCUAUAGGCAAGAAGGACUGGGACACUUCAAGAUUAGGACUUCAGUCACCCGGCCUGGAUUCAAAGCAAACUUCGUCAGCGAGACCUACCGCUCCCAACACUCCGCUCAACGUACCUGGCGCAGUAGGACGACUAAAGGCUCAGGGGCCCUCAGCAAACGAUCCAAACCGACCAAAGCGUAACGUGAAGAAGCGAACAUAUGGUGAUAGCAGUUUCGAGGGCUAUGGCGAAGGCUACCCUGACGAUGACACAGCUGCGGAUGGGGGCUACUCAACGGGAGAGGGAGAGGGCGGCCAGAAGCGACGCAAGAAGAAUCCGGGAAGCACCUCGCCAUACCCGAGUGCUAUGCGCCAGCAAAGCUACGGCCCUGGCAUGGUGGGCGCAUGAAAUAUCUCGACGGUAGAUGCCCAGUCAUGUCUCAUGUUUCACGACUUGUAUACACACUAUGAAACGAUUCCAACAGGCAUUUGUCCCCUGGGUCUCGUAUACGCUACACAAACAAAAAAAUCUCGAUGCAACUUGCUUUGACAGCCUCCUCGGCUUUUAAUCUUCAAUCUUGGGUUUUCAUUUUUUUUUCUGCAUUCUGAGGGGACGGACACACGAUGUGCGUCCCAACGAGCAUGGCGUUUGGGCAAAGGAGAGAGGCGGCAUAUGGGUAAGGUUGGCCGGUCACUCGGGGGUAGGGGAGGCAUGUUUCUACGUUUCUUAUUUCUCUCAAAAGACGACACGGCCUAGCACAAGGGGCGCGGACACUGGGCAGUGGUGAUAACAAUAGUCAGGGCUUGGGCAAGUUACUAGAAGGUUGAGGUAUAAUUUUUGACCUAUUUAUGCCAUCUCACCUUGUACCAAAUCAAGUUGUUGACUAUCCCAACAUCAAUGGACGGAUGCAACAGUGAAGUAAGGCAUGCACUGCAACAAUAACGCAAUAGGUAUUGAACAUAUUAUAUGGCGUGCAUGAUGCAUAACGCCAGAAGAAAAAGAUGAAAACAGGUACAUAGAUUAGUU